CCUCCACCCAACAAAAACACGAGCAUCUGUGCGUAGCCGUGACGUGGGCUGCAUCGCUCUCUCUUUUCUUUGUGUAACCGAGUUUCCUCUCGACAUUAUUGAUGUUAUUUACAGCAGAUAUCUUUUAAACACACGACAGCAGAUAUGAGACUCGUUUCUUUCGCCUUUAUUUGUCUCAGUUUGGUUUGGGUCACUAGCUGCGCGCCUCCGACUUGUUACUCGCGCGUUCUAGGGCUCAGCAAAGAGAUCACAGAGAUUUUGGAAAAGGUUCAUAAAUCUGAUCGCACAAAAACAUGCGCUGAAAUGUUGCCAAAGAUGAUUCUAGACGUGCACAACUCCUGCAUCACGACAAAACUGCGUGACUUUCUGUAUGUGGCUGAGAAUUUACCCAUGGAAUGCGGAGAGAGGCCGCGUAUACGAUAUCUGAAGCGGAGGGUUCAAGCGCUCAUUGCCAUCAUAGGUCGUGUGUGUUAUCGGGAUCUGGUGUAUUUUACGGAUGACUGUCAAGGUCUGGAGACAGGGUACAGCAACCCUCGAAACACAGAAUAUCGACUGCAACUCUUGGAAGAUGACAACUGAGAGGCAAACAGUUUGUGUACACGUGUGCGUACGUGUGUUUUAAAGGGGAUAUAUCAUGAAAAUCUGACUUUUUUUCAUUUUUAAGUGCUAUAAUUGGGUCCCCAGUGCUUCUAUCAACCUUGAAAAUGUGUAAAGAAAAACAAGUCAGUAACUUAGUCUUGGUAAACCAUUUUCUGCAAGCAUGUGAAAAAAUAGGUAAUUGAAAUUUGGCUCCCCUUGUGAUGUCAGAAGAGGAUCUCAUUAUAAUAAUACUACCCCUUAAUUGUCACUACCCAACCACGGCACUGCCAUUUAGUGCAGAGAAAAAGAGAGAGAGAAAAAAAUAAUUGACAACACAAUUGAGUAUCAAUUUCAACAAACCACCAUUAUGACGAUCAGUGUUUGCAUUUCAUCAACUCAUUUGCAUUUAAAUGGACACACCCAAAUACGGCACAUUUUUGCUCACACAUACAAAGUGGCAAUUUUUAAAUGCUUUAAUAAAUGAUCUAUAUGGUAUUUUGAGCUAAAACUUCACAUACGUACUCUGGGGACACUAAAGAUUUAUUUAAAAUCUUUAAAAAUUGUGAAAUGUCCCCUUUAAUAGUUUAGGCUGGCAUUGAAUUGGCCAGCUUUGCCUCUGGAGCUUGCCUUUUUCCUCAGUAAUUUUAAUAAUAAAGCACUGAGCUUUUGGACUACAACAUUUAUAUGAGAUAUUAUAUGAUUCAGCUACACCUUCAUGAGAUGCAUUUUUAGGGCUGCAUGAAGCAUUGCUUGGUUGGAUAAAAUUAUAAAAGCAUGAUUUUUCAUUAUUUUUGUUUUUAUUAUUUUUAUAUUUUUAUCUUGGUCUUGUGAUGGAGAGACUUGUUUUUAAAAAAAACAAGACGCAAUUUUCUAUGUGUCCUUAUUCUUAUAAAACAAAUAAACUGUAUGUUUAUAAAUAUGA